UUUAAGCAGGAUUUUCAGGUGGAGCCAUAGCUGUAAUAUCUAUAGGAGUAGUAGCGAUGGGAGCACUUCUAGUGUAUGUUAGCAUAAAAUGGGGGUUCUAUAGAAAGAACAAAGGGCCGGGCGAAUCGAGUUCGCAAAGAGACGUAGAACUAUCUCGUCAAACUGGAAGGGCUCGGCGAAGUACUUUAGAGAAAUCAAACUCCCUUGGCGCUCCUGAUACUACUUCACGUUGCUAUGAAAAGCUUGCAAAGGCAACUGAUUACCAAGCUAAGUUGCGAGGAGCAUCCGAUGGUGACAAGAACGCGAAUACCGGUAGUGGUGUAUCAACUGGGGCCACGACUAUGGAAGGCGGUAUAUCCCUUGGGACCUCGAAAAUUGAUGCUCCUGUAUCGAUUGGCAACACGAUUAUAAAUAAUGUGUACCCGAUGUUGGCAAAAUCCAGAGGUGGUGCGUCAUUCGGGAACACAGCUGUCGGAGGUGGUGGAUCAAUUCUGAACAUGAAUACUGGAGGUGGUGGAUCGAUUGGGGACCCAAAUAUCGAAGGUGGUUGAUCAGUUGGCAACACAGAUCGAAACUCGAGGUGCUGCGUCGAUUGGGAUCAGUA